AUGUUUGCUAAUAAGCAUUUUACUUUUGAAAAUAUUCCUAAUCUUUCUGGCAAGGUUGCAAUAGUAACGGGAGGAAACACUGGUAUAGGAUUCGCGACAGCCAGAGAAUUGACUCGCAAAAAUGCGCAUGUCUUCGUUGCAAGCCGUAGUAAAGAUAGAGGUGAAUCAGCUGUAGAAUUAAUAAAAAAAGAAACCCAAAAAGAUUCUAUUGAAUUCUUGCAAUUGGAUUUACAAAGUUUAAAUUCUGUUAAACAUGCUGCUGAAACAUUUUUGGCCAGAAAUUUACCAUUACAUAUUUUGUGA